AGAGACCCUAGGUUCACCUUUGAGGAGCGUGGGAUGAGGAGUGCGUCAGCGGCGGCUUGAGUGGUGAGGAGAAACAGCGGCAAGAGACAGCGAAACAUCCUUUUGGCAUGGAGGAGCCGGUCUCGAGGGCGGCGGAGAUGGGGGCUCGGAAACACUGGGAAAUCAUUGAGGAUUGGAGAGGUGUUGAAGGAGGAGCAGAUGAGAAAGAGCUUCUUCGGAUGAGGGCUAGACCUGGGGAUCCGGUGGCUCUGGCGGAGUUGGUGGAGACAGAGGUAGUAAACUCGCCGGAAAACCGCCAUGUCACCGGAAAACGAGGCCCACCUAAGAGAUCUAACCUUAGAAGCAAACUCCAAUCACAAGAGGAGGCUGCCGGAGGAGGAACGCCGGUAAAAGGAGCUCAUUCCAUCAAGCUUUGGGUCAUCUUGGUCUUUGUGUCUGGGAAAAAAGCCGUGGUCCCUUUCUCUUUAGUUUCUAUGUAGGUCACAUUACCAUGUAGCCACUUAUAUUCAAAUUUUCAUAAGUAUUCAAAAAUCAAAAUCUUGAUGAAAA